AUGGAGGAUCAGGGUCUUCAGGCAAUCGCGAAGACCGGGAAGAGCAACCAGUUCCUGACCCAGUUCGCAUCCAGGGGUUUAGAGUUGAUCCCACCCGACAUGUCUCAGGCGGAGGUACCAACAAGUCGGCCCCGGCAGCAGGACAGGCGGGGGCGACUCAUCGACUCCAUUGCUGGCGCCCGUGUCACUUCCAGGAAAACCAGUGUCCAUGUGGGUAGCCACAAGGUACUCGGUACUGAUCAUGAGCUCCUGUCGACCGAGUUGCUGUUUGGGGGCUUGAGAAGUCGCAGAAGACCAGACACUAAGCCGAGAGUGGUGGCGAAAGAGAUUCCCCCUAUCCUUGAUGUGAACCAACAGGAAAUGACGAGGCUGGCCAGGGAGCACACCAAGGUCAAAGGCGGAAGGGGAUAUCGGGAUCCUCCCUCGGUAAAGGCCUUGUUCGACAUGGCUAGGUUCAGCCGCGAAGCGGAGGAUUGGAAGAAGGCCUUCGCGGAAAGAAGGAAGGAGAAGAGAAACCACCAUGAGAGGCAGGUGCAGGAAGUGGCGCAGGGAGACUGGUCAGGGUUUAGAGGCCUCAAGAAAAAAAGGGCAGGUGACUGGGAGUGCCAUUUUGCGGAGUGUCAAGAUGGGGACCCACACAAAAGUAUUCAUGACCACCUUGAGGGGAUCUACGGUGACACACCUCCAGACCUCACGGACUUUGAGCCAGAGGGAUGCUUCGAACCCAUUCGACCGGAAGAACUGCACGAGGCGGUCCGACAGGGCAAACGAGGUAAAAGUGUCGGGGAGGAUGGGACUUCCCUGGAGUUGAUUGAGGGCAUCCUCGUGGCAGAAGGGGGCGAGAGCGCCAUCCUCAACUGGUUUAGCGACAUCCUCGAAUCGGGGUGCAUGCCUGAUGACUGGUUCACAGCCCUUAUGAUAAUUUUGCCAAAAGUUGCCCAGCCGGAGAAGCCCAAGCAAUUGAGAAAGCAGUCCACCGAUUACAUCCAUGCAGUCCAAAAACUUUUUGGUCUGGAACGCGAGUGGAAGUUCGGUUUAUGUUUCCUGAAAGUUGACCUGGAAAAAGCCUUUGACUGCGUAUCGAAGGAGUCCCUGAUGGCGUACAUUAAGUCUAAGAUUGGGCGGAGCUUCGAAGCGAGAUGCUGGCAAAAACUUCUUAGAACCUCGGAAGCACACCUCCACACCGCAUGGGGGGACUCCACUCUCCAGCUUCAUCAUGGCAUACGUCAGGGGGCUGUGGAGAGUCCGCUCUUUUUCACGAACCUAGCAGAAUGGACCCUGGAGGAGACGGCACGGAGGUUUUCUUGGCCUAGGGAGGACCCCCUCCUGAGAGGUCUAAGGAUCACAGAGCUAAUGUUCGUUGACGACGCGACCUUGUGGCAAACCUCGCUGCCUGAUCUCGCCCGAAGAGUCGAACAGUGGAUGACGGUGUUGAGGGAGAGCGGGCUUCGGAUCAACCUGGGCAAAUGCCAGUUGUACUGCUCUCCGCGCAACAGACAAGGGGGGAAACUGGUGGUGAGUGGGACGGAGCUGGUCAGUGACAACCACCUCAACAUCAUGGGGCUCAGGUUUGUGGUCAAUCAAACAACAUGUGAAGUUAUCUCCACACUCCUCACGAGAGCGAGAGACAAAUUCUGGGGGAGUUUCCAUCUUCUGGGAUCGCGAGCCCUCAACAGCUUCCAGUUGCAGCUUGUGGUCUUCAUGAUGGACCUGAAACGAGGCCAGGGUGAGGCUCUUUGGCGAGGAGGGCACAAGAGAUGGUCCACGUUGUGGGCUGAGCGAUUCUGGAUGAAUGGGGCAUGGUGGAAAGCGGAGCAGCAGAACCCCUACGGUGAGAGGCACACAGGGAAGUUUUAUGCUCGGUUCACUCUUGAAGAGGCCGAAAUGGAUGCAGUGGCAGGCAAAGUGAAGUGUACCUUGAAAGACACUGAGUUGCCCUCAGCUCAUGAGCCCCGAGACGUCGGAGAUGAUGCCACCUUUGAGAUAGAGCUGCUCUUCAGGCAGCUCGUGCAGGUCCAAGAACAGGACAUCGCAGGUGAAAUGGCCUGGCGACUCCGCCAACGGUUGGAGAGGCCGAGAGAGGAUGAGUUGGAAGACAGGCCCAGAGGGGGUGUGGACAUCCCGAUGGAGUGGAAUGACACCGUCUCGAUGUUGGAGGCUGGGGUGGUUGAAGCAGCCAAGGCCAGGGUCAGGACGACGAGCCCGGGGCCGGACAGCCCUGAGCAAGAUGACGUGUCGUCGCUGGUGGCCACCUGGGACGACACCUCUCGCCUACACCAGGAACCUGCCACAACGGACGAGGCCAUCGAUGCGUGGCUUGACAUCUUUGGGUUCGUGGAGCCGCCCACAGACAGUCUGCCGACAGUGUUGCCAGAGAGGCUUCAAGAAGACAUUCGAAGGAUGAUCCAGGGGAUGUCUGGUAGAGCCAUCGGGCUGCUGAGAAGGAGUUUGCCGCUGUGUCUCAAUGCGGUCCAAGACGAGGUGCUGGAGCUCCUCAGAACGGACCCUUCGUCCUCCUCCAGGGAGGGGGCUGGGUGUGCGGGUGUUGGACGGCAUGAGAACAGAGGCUCCAGGAGCUCCGGGGCGGCCUUGCCGGAAGAGGACAGACCAAGAGCUCGUGGCAGGGAGAGACCGAUUGUGAGAAGUCAUCCUGGGGCUGGAGGGCAUGAAGGACGAUCCACCUCCUCGAGGCCCCCUGGGACGGAGACUGCGGACAAUGACAUGGUGGAGGUUACCGUGGAUGACUCAGAUCACGAUAGCGACAGCACUCUGCGGAUGCAGCUGUCGACGUCCUCGCCUGCGACCAACACUAUGGGGCGAGUGUCAUCGAGACUAGAGAGGGAUUGUCUCGAGGCCAAGUCAGGGCAUGAGGAGGGCCCAAAAGGGGGUCCGAAAGAUCACUCGGAUGAAGAAAGUUUGGUACAGACAACAAGGCACUCGGAUUCCAGCUCCUCGUCCCCUCCCUCAGCUUCAUCGGAGAGCAAAGCCAGCUCCAUCGACACCUCGUCAUCACAGGACCCUGACGAGAGCCAACAGGUCUGGAAUAAACACAGAGGGGGCGAGCCAGGGCCUCGCCACAGUCAAGAGCGGGGCAGAGAUGAACACGUGGCAAGGCAGACGUGGUGGAUGGACUCCGUGAACGACCUGGUCCGUGGUGGCCCGGGAGAUCGUAUCAGCAGAAGUGUAUGGGAGAGCACGGCAGGGACUAUCAGGGCGAGGGAAGACGCGGAGUAUGCCAAGUUUGCAGAGGUCCUCCUCAGCCUGCUAGGGGGCCACCUCGACUUCCAGGGCAGGGGCAUGGAGCAACGACUUUGGCACAUGUACGAGACGGGUGACUUUGGUGAGACGGGGCCGAAAUCCAGGAAGCGUCCGUGGAGGGCCAAUAACAAGCCCUCCUGGGAGCUACCCCACCCUAUGGGGCUCAUGGCUGCGCAAAUGGUGACAGGGGAUCGCUAUUGGUGCAGAUGUGUGAGACUGGAAAGUGGCGAGAUAGUGGCGGUCAGAGAUGAGGCCAACACGGAUGAGACACGGCCUGCUGAAAUGCCAGGGGCUGGAGAUGAGGACAAGGAGGAUGAAGCCCUCAUGCAGACCUCCCUGACGAAGCUCCUGGGUCAUCAAAGUAGGACCAGGGUGGUCCUACAGGGACUCAACUUUAGGUUGAGCAACUUGGGCGGGGGCGAUGCAACCAGGAGGGCCAAGGCUUUGCUGGUCAGAUUGGCCCGCCAUUUCCGCAUCGAGCAGGACAACCGUGGAGCCCAACCGGAACUCGUACAAGACGCGGAAGCCAUCCUAGCAGGGCAUAUUGACCCCGAGCUGACCCAAGACUUCGGGAACUCGGAGGACUACGCCUUUGUGGAGGGCUGGUGGACUGACCUGGUGGGGGCUCUCAACAGAGACAUCCAUAUGGCCCCGCUUCAGACGAUUCAGUGUCUCUCGGAAAAAGAAGUCCAGGAGAUUGAGCACGACCAGGAAUCCCAGGAGGAGCAGAACAUGGCCCAAGAAGAGUGGGAGGAACACAUGCGGAGAAAGAAGAUGGAGGAGGAGGAAGUGGAGCAUACUCCGCAGGUUUCCUCAGCCAGGGAGUAUCAGCAGUGGGAAGACUGGGCUAUGUGGGAUGAGAUGCAGACGAAGCCGACGAGGAAGAGGAGAUUGCAGGUGGAAAUUCGGUGCGGAAGUUCCUCCUCCUCGUCCCGAGCGAUGGUUUCCUGUCCGGUGGGUGAGUGGGAUGGGAUGAGCGAACUCAACAUCCGCCUCAGAUUGUCGCCAGGGGAAGACGGAUCUGAGGUUGCCAACGAAGCGGACAAGCCUAAGACGGUGGCGGACAGUGAGGCGUCGACGCUCCUUGUGGAGGGCAUGGAUGACGGGGCUGCGAGGCCGCCCGCCUUGCAAUCGAUGGGUCCUCAAGCUUGGCAAGAGGGUGCGAGCAUUCCACCUACAACACUGGAUGGGAGCACUGGAAGUAGCAUGAUGGCAGCCACGUCUGGGGCAUCCUUGGGUACGACUCUGUCAUGGGGUGGGGCCGGGACUGCGGUGGAGGACACACUGGACCCCGUCACCCUAGCAGAGAUCGACGCUUAUGCAGAGCAACUUCGUUUGGAAUACCGUGAGCAAGCUCGUCGAGGAGAUGGGGAUGAAGCUGCGGGCUUUGAGGAGUUCCUGGUGACGAAAGCAGAGGGCUUCCUGGGUGAUGGAGGAGGUGGGGGUGGCGAACCGGGACAUGAUGACGAUCGUGCGAAGAUGAGAGGGGACUAUGAGUGA